AUGUCGGUUUCAGACCUUAUUGACUGGCUGAGUCUGAGCAAAACUUCGCCGCAGGUCAAGGUCACCACCCUACCAAUCUCAUAUUUCAAGUUCCCUCCAUCACCAGAACCCGCGACCGUACCUCCGCCUGCGAACAACCCAACGCUCGCGCACCCCUUCACCAUCCCUGCGGACCUGUACAAUGCGCUCCUGUCUCCCCAUGUCCCCAUCACUGUUGCGCUGGUGUACAUGACCUUGGUAUCUUUUAUGAACUCGGUCAACGCCAAUCGCAAGUACAAGCCGUGGGCAUUCAGUCGGACGUAUGUCUUCAAAUUUCUCGUCAUUCUCCACAAUAUCUUCCUGGCGGCAUACUCAGCAUGGACUUGCGUGGGCAUGGUCAAUGCCUUGCGCCUGUCUCUGCCAGAAUGGAACGAAGAAUGGAGAGUCGCCGGGACGGUGGACGCACUUUGCAAAAUGCAUGGACCUAGAGGAGCUGGAAGUGCCGCGACAUACAACGUGACUACCAGCGCAUGGCAAAUGACAAAUCGGUUAUUCCACCUGGAUGCCGAAGGACUUGGUCCUGAGACUACAGACGUGGGCCGUAUCUGGAACGAAGGGCUGGCAUUCUAUGGCUGGUUGUUCUACCUCUCAAAGUUCUACGAGGUCGUGGACACAUUGAUCAUCUUGGCCAAGGGUAGGAAGAGUAGUCUCUUACAAACCUAUCACCACGCUGGAGCUAUGCUGUGUAUGUGGGCUGGAAUCAGGUACAUGUCUCCGCCAAUCUGGAUGUUCGUCUUGGUCAAUUCCGGCAUCCACACAAUCAUGUACACAUUCUACCUUUGCUCAGCACUUGGAAUCAAAGUCCCCAAAUGGUUCAAACAGACCUUGACGACACUUCAAAUCACCCAAUUUGUCGUCGGCGCGACAUAUGCUUUCUUACACAUCUUUGUCGCCUACCAAAUCCCGGUCAGCGUCUCCUAUAUCCAUCACCUGGGAGAAGCUACUUCCAAAGUCAUGUCCGAAGCUCCAACAGAGGUCACCUCGAGUAUAUCCGCCGCAAUUUCGACAGGUUCUGCCGGUAUGGGGGCUUGGCUGAAGAAGGCACUCCUCCGAGGUGCGGGUUAUGAAGGCCUUGCAGAGAAUGUGUUGAAUGAGGAAGGCCAGCCGUUUGGAGUCGAUGCUGUCCACAUUGUUGAAGACGUCAUUAGGAGAGAAGAGAUAAGGUUUAGAGAUGAGCUCCAGUGGGUUCAUUGUCUCGACACCAGUGGUGAAGUCUUUGCCAUCCUCCUGAACUGCAUGUAUCUCUUGCCUUUGACGUGGUUGUUCUUACAAUUCUUUAUCACCUCUUACCUCGAGCAAGUUGAGAGAAGACGAAGUCGAUCAGCCAGCGAAGCUGCUAUGGUCGCGCGAAAGAGUUUUCAAGAUGCAUCCAAAGGCGUGGCGCGGCGGCUCAGCGAGGCUGUUGAGGAAAUGCACCGCGUCUCAGACGACAUCGGAGAUGACACCGUGCUUGUGGACGGUGAUGAAGUCAGAAGAGAGUUGAAAGAGUCCGCAGAACAAGCCAAGACCACGAUAAAAGAACAUUCAGACAAGGUCAAGCAAGGGGCCAGCGCCGAGUCCGAAAAGGUCAGACUGGAGUUUCAGCGUGAUAUGGAAACAACGAGGAAGAAUCUGCACGAUACUGCCGAAAAGGUCAAGAAUGCUGUUGAGAAGGCUGGAGACGAUGAGACAAGGGAGAAGAUUUCCGCCCAGGCACAAACCGUGAUGGACUCUACCGCCGAAGCUGUCGAAAAGACUAUGGAAAACGUUAAAUCGACGGCUCAGAACGUCAAGCAACAGACCCAGCCCGCUGUCGACUAUGUCGCGGAGAAAGUCGGGGAGUUGGAAGAGAAGACCCAGCCCGCCGUCGAACACGCCACGGAGAAGGUGGAGGAGUUGAAAGAGCAGGCUGGGCCGGGUGCUGAUUUAGCUGCUGAAAAAGCGACCGGACUGAAAGAACGCGCAGUCGAGGCGUCCCAAACGCCAAAUGCGCAUUCUACAGAAGUUGUCAAGGAUACCACAGAGUCAGGCCAAACGGCAGGUGAUGAAGAGAGAGAUAUUGCAGAAGCAGCAACGGAAUCAGCUGAAAGCAAUGCUGAAGCUAUUAAACAGGAAAUCGAGGAACGUUUGGUGUCGGCAAAAGACGCUGCAACGGAAGAAGGGCAGUCACAGUCGAUGGUAGAGGAAUACACAUCCGAGUCGAAGUCCCCAAACGAAAAUGGCACCGUCGCCGAAGAGGAGACUGGUCCCUGCUUGAAUCAGAACCAGAUAAAGUCAGAGGAGGCGACGGGUAGAGAAACGGGCGAGAGCGAAGAAGCCAAAGCCGAGGAAGAAGACACCAUAAUGGACGAGCGUCAGGUUGUGGGGGAUGAAAAUGUGGACGUUGAUCUCGAUGAUAAAGGUGAAGGGGAAGGAGACGCGAAUGGGCAAGAACAGAGCUGGGCGGAUGUUGCCAAACAAGGGCUUACUGGGGAGGGAGAAGAAGAGAAGAACAGAGGACCCGACAAGGAGAAAGAGGGCUGGGGGAUCUGA